GUUUUUUUAUUUCUUUUAUUCGGCGCUCGGCUACUGUUGCCAAAACUAAUAAUCGUUUUCAAAGUUUCGUAAUCGGGGAAAGUCUAUGAACAAACGCUGUGUGUCCCUGAACGGGCAAACAGAGCGGUCAGGGGCUUUUCUGAAAAGGACAAGGAACAAACCAUCACACCACAGAGAACAAACAUGACAGCCAGAGCAAUGAAACUGCUUCCACUGCUUGUAGGUUACCUUCUUCGGGUCCUUCCCUAUGCAUGCAGUCACGGGUAAACGGAUGAAGAGAAUCUACAGACACUUGAUGUCUUGUGUUUUAUUGCAUGGACUGCAAGCUGUAGCUAAAACACUGGUCAGAUAUUAUUCUUUCAAUGGAUGGUGCAACGUAACGUACGACGCAAUCGCAUCCUCACCCAUUUCCUUUUGUCUGUAUUAAUGCAUUAACUAGCAGACUAAAACUAGGCGUACGUUAUUACAUCAUCGUUUAACUCUUUUUAGCUGAGUCUCUCCGGAUGACUCCUCUGUGUUCGGACCAAUGCGCUAAAAAAACGUUAAGGAACAAAAAUAAACAAACGUGAGCCCACAUAUCGUGCUCCGAGGAUUAAACCAUGAGCGUUAAUGAUUGAUCUAUGCUUUGCUAGCAUUCCCAAAAAAAAAGCUAAGCUUUUUCUUUCACAAACAAACUCUGUGACAUGUGAAUCAUUUGUGAUUGUUUGCAGACUAGGCCUAAAAUGUGAUGAAGGUCUUUCACGACAAUAAACAAACAAAUAAAUAAAGAGAGUAUGAGAGGUGGAGAGAGAGAGAGAGAGAGAGAGACAGAGAGAGAGAGAGAGAGAGAGAGAGAGAGAGAGAGAGAGAGAGAGAGAGAGAGAGAUUCUGCCAAGAGAGUCAGCUCCACCUCACCUGCCAGUGUCAGACUGAGCCAAGAUCGAAAAAGAGCUUCAUCCACCUACACAUGUAUAAACACACACACACACACACAGAGUGCUGUCAGAAAAUCAGAGGUGUAUUCAUCAGAGCUUAGCAGAAUUUCCUAACACCUCGUGCUGCAAGCGAUUGCGCAAUCUGAUUCAAAUUCAUCUCCUUUACGAAGAUAAAGUCUGAGACUAAACGAGGUACUAAACGAGGUACUGAUCGUGCACCGACUACAGCUUUGUGUGCUGGUGAAGUAAAUACGAGAACAGGAGGGUUUUAUGUCUAAGGACCUGCUUCAACUCGAGAUAUAAUAUCCAGAUAUAUUUAGGUAAAACCCAGUGUGAGGCUUCGGCGCUCGGCUACUGUUGGCAAAACUAAUAAUCGUUUUCAAAGUUUCGUAAUCGGGGAAAGUCUGUGAACAAACGCUGUGUGUCCCUGAACGGGCAAACAGAGCGAUCAGGGGCUUUUCUAAAAAGUACAAGGAACAAACCAUCACACCACAGAGAACAAACAUGACAGCCAGAGCAAUGAAACUGCUUCCACUGCUUGUAGCGCUGUCUUCGGCCACUGUUCAAGCACAGACCCCUUCGACCAACUGCUCCACAUCCCAGUGGACCUUUGAUGAGUUCUCAGAGAAGCUAAAGAUCUCAGACGAGUGUAUGGAAGCGCUCGCUGCUCAGUGGACAGAAAACCAAACCGCAGACGCGUUCAGCAACCUGAACCGACUUGCUGAUGUUCUUAAGAAAACCCAAAAAGCAGUGUGUAAGGACGCCACGCCUAAGGAAUGCCCGGCUCCAGCAGUUCAGAGUAAAGGAGGACUGGUGUGUGUCUCUGCUGACGGGAAUCGCUUUUGUAAACCGAUGUGUAAUGAGCGUUACGACUUCGGGUUCCUGAGGAUUUCCAGGCUGUUUGAGACAUGCGGCAACACCACUGGCUACACGUGGACGACUCAGUACGUGGGCGGCAACAAGCUGGCCGUCUGUAACAAGAGUAACGUUCGGGUAGCAGGCGCGUCGUCCGCUUACUUCCCUGCGAACCAGGACUGCUGGACGACUAAAAGUAACUCGGUGCUGGAGCAGGAGAUCAUUAACGCCUUCGUAAUUGAGCUGAGCACUAAAAACAUCAACGGUCCUUACACGCAAAGCUGUCUGAUGUGUGGAUAAGAAAAAGUAGCUUACUAUUUCUCAGGUGGGCUGGAAACUGGGAGUAACGAUGAUGAAUGAUAUAAUUAGCAUCGUGUUCAGCUUAUGGUUGUAAUACACGUGUAUGAGUCAGAGCUAAUACAGAUCUGGUUAAUAAAGUAAAGGUGUAAACAUGA